UGGGGAUUAUAUUUGAAUAAGUGUUUUAAGUUUGAAGUAGCAUGGAACACACAGAACCAACCACGUUAGGUGAACUGCAGCUUUACAAAGUUCUGCAACGAGCCAAUUUGCUUGGCUACUAUGAUAUCUUUAUAUCCCAUGGUGGUGAUGAUGUACAGCAACUAUGUGAAGCUGGUGAAGAAGAGUUCUUGGAAAUCAUGGCACUCAUUGGAAUGGCAAGUAAACCGCUCCAUGUAAGAAGGUUCCAGAAAACUCUUCAAGAUUGGGUGACCUCUCCUCAUUUGUUUCAAGAUAUUAAUAUUAAUUAUCGUCCUGCACAAAGUUUGUCUCUAUCAUCACUGGGAAUAAAUGUUCCCAACAUAAUGGAAGCUACAAAUGGAUCUUUUACUGGAAGUUGUAACAUUAAAACUUUAAACCAACAGGUAAAAGAAUCACUUAACAAUCAAGCAGCUCAUUCAAAUAAAUUAAAACCUGAGUUGAAGGAAAAGGAUGUGGGUGGAAUGCCAGUGUUGAUGUCAAAACCUGAGCCAUCAUCUCGUAUCACUAAGACACAACCCAAUCAAACCACCAGCUUAUCUUUAAAGUUAACUGAGGAAAAUGAAAUUGAUGCUGAAACAAUGAAAAUAUUGGUUGACGUUUCAAAGGAAGAAAUUAAAAAACUUUAUCCUGAUCAGCUUUCAUACGAAGAUGCUAUCGAACAUAUUAAGAAAAGCAGCAAGAAACGCCCGCACUUGGUUCGAGUUUUAGAAAUGAAAAAUGGAAGUUCUAAAGAAAAAGAACUUCAUAGACAAUCUUCUCUCUUCCCUGCCCAUAUUUCCAAUCGCUCUUUAACAAGUUUAUCCUAUUUUGAAAUAAUGUGUAAUGAAGCAUCCAACCAAAUAUGCAAGUUGCAUCCAAUUCUACUUACUUCAGAUCGUUCUGAAAGAAUGAAGAUUGCGCAAUCCAUUGUAAAUAAAACAAACAAACUUCUUCUAUCCAAUGCAGAUAAAACCUUGACGAACAUCAGCAACGAUUUUACAGGAGAGCAGUUACUAACAAAGCUAAAUGAAAUCCGUGAUCAAAUUGUAGCUUUUAAACAGAAGAUGUCUGAAGCGGAAUCAAACAAAAAUUUUGUGACCGUGCUUGAAUAUCAGUCGGAAUUGGCCAGAUUGGGUUUCAAGGAAAAGGCAAUAAUUAAUUUACAGAAAAAAUCACAAGAUCCUCAUUCUCCUUUCAGCACUGCCUUGCAAAAUGCCGUAGUUAUUCCAACAGAUGACGCACCCCAUGUGCGUAGAGCUAUACCAUGCACUACAGCUUCAGGUCAAUUUGAUAAUUCUUCACCAUCGAAUACAACAUACCAAGCUUCACUAUCAGAACAAAAAUCAUCAUUUACCAUCCCUCCAACUGCUGAUUUUCAUGUGAAAAAGGAACGUCUUCAGUCAGCAUUUCCUGCAGUUGGGUUAAAACGAGUAAAUCCAAUCAAGCCAAUAAACGAUCGUUCAAUUUCACCUCUUUCAAAGCGUGCGCGAUCUCAUGAACCACUUGCUACUUGAUGUUACUCAAAUCUUUUCUUUAUUCUUUGAUACAUGGUUUAAAUUCAAGAGAAACACGUGGAAUUUGUUUGAAAAAAAUAAACAUGUUGUAAAUUUUAGCUUUUGAACUGAAGGUGAAUGUUUUUUCAUUCUCAGUGAAAAGCUGAACAUUUAACAUGUUUUAUCAAAUGUAAUUUCAAUAUUUCAAUCAAAUACAUGAAUUUUAAAUCAUUUUACAUGAAAUCUUCUUGGUUCAAAGUAUGUUUUUGUAAAAAUUAUAAAGUUUCAUUGCAGAAACACACCUAACUACUUCAAUUAUAUGGCAGCUACAAGUUUCUGUUUCCUUAAAGAUAAUGUUUGGAUGUAUUUAUUGCUCAUUACACUGUUCGAAAGCUGCCAAAAGCUACACAAUGUUAUACCUACUAUGUGUGUUCUUUAAAAUGUAAAUUCCAGUUGCUUCACUCCCUACAUUGUCUUCCGUGAUUUGUAUUUUGUGUAAUAAAUGAUAAAAAAAUUUA